CACGAACUAUAAAUCAGGCCCGUCUUCCUGUGCUCGGCAUCAAACCAGUCUUGCCGUUAUAGCCUCGACGCCAGACCUUCUUCCUCCACCAUGCGGCCCUCACAGUCCCUCGGCGGCCUCCUCGCGGCCUGCGCGGCGACGGCUGUCGCGGCCGCAACCAAGCCGAGCAUCAUCCUCAUCAUGUCGGACGACCAGGACCGGCGGCUGGGGUCCACCGACUUCCAGGCGGUCCUGCAGCGCGAGAUCUUCGACAAGGGCGUCCAGUUCGUCAACCACUUCGCCACCACGGCGCAGUGCUGCCCCAGUCGGGCCUCGCUCCUCCGCGGCCAGGCGACGCACAAUACGAAUAUCACCCAUGUCGCGGGGCCAGGCGGAAACUAUGACAAGUGGACAAUCUCGGGCCUUGACAACGACUACCUGCCCCAUUGGUUGAAAAAGGCCGGCUACAGAUCAGAGUAUAUUGGAAAGCUCUUGAACGGCUACAACGUCGUGAACGCGCACAUCCGCCCCAAGGGGUUCGAUCACAUUGACGCUCUUUUGGACCCUUAUACGACGUACUAUAACGUGCCAGUCAUGUCCCAGAACGGAGAGCGCCCGGUCUACUACAAGGGCUUCCACUCCACCGACGUGGUCCGAAUCAAGGCGCUGGACCGGCUGCAGUUCCUACUCUCGCAGGACCAGCCGUACUACCUGCAGAUCGCGCCGUACUCGCCCCACAUCCAGAACAACCUGAACGCUGCGGCGCCGCUAGCCCGCCACAUGGACCUCUUCCCGGACGCCAAGGCGCCGCGCCUGCCCAACUACAACCCGGCCGACGAGUUCCAAGCCGGCAAGGGCAGCUGGGUCGGGGGUCUACCGCUGAUGAACGAGACGACGCAGCAGAGGACCGACUACGCGUACCGCCGCCGGGCCGAGUCGCUGCAGGGCGUGGACGAGAUCAUCGAGGACGUCGUCGCCAUGUUGGCCGCCAAGGGGACUCUGGAUACUACCUACAUCAUAUACACCUCGGACAACGGCUACCAUCUGGGCCAGCACCGGAUCCCGGCAGGGAAAGCCCUCUUCUUCGGCGAGGACACCAACCUCCCCAUGGCGGUCAGGGGCCCGGGGAUACCGCAAAACGUCACGUCCAAGAUCCCCAGCGUGCACCUGGACCUGGUGCCGACGUUUCUCGACAUAGCGGGCCUCCCGCGCGACCAGUGGCCGACGUUCCUGGACGGGCAGAGCCUGCUGCCGCAGUGGCAAUCGCCCGGCCGCGGGAACGGCGAGGGCACGGGCGACGGCAACAGCCGGGAGACGCUCAACGUCGAGUUCUGGGGCUCCUGCAUCAUCGAGGCGCCCAACGGGCGCGAGCUGGGCAUGCCGUUCCGCACGACGUCGUACAAGACGCUCCGCAUGCUGGGCGACCGCCGGUCGUGGCUGCUCUCGGUCUGGUGCACGGGCGACGUCGAGCUGUACGACACGGCCGCGGACCCGCACGAGCUGACCAACCUGGCCGGCUCGGCCGCGCACGCGCGCGUGCUGGACCGCCUCAACGCGCUGCUGCUCGUCACCAAGUCGUGCGCCGAGGGGACCUGCCGGGACCCGUGGGCCGUCUUCAGCCCCGAGGGUGGCGGCCUGCCCAAGAUGACAACCAUGGCGCAGGCCAUGGACGGGAAAUACGACGCCUUCUUCGCCGGCUUCCCGCGCGUGCGCUUCGACUCGUGCAUGCAGGUCCAGGACGUCGCCAACGAGAUGCCCUUCUUCCCCGAGCAGGCCGCGCUGGGGCUGGGGCUGGCGUCGCGCGGGCCGACCGACAACUACGUCUCGACGGGCGCCGGCGUCGCCAUCACCGACGCGGCCCAGCACGGCGGCGAGGGGCAGCGCCACGCCACGCUCGAGCAGGUCUACGCCAACGCGCGGGAGCUGACCGACGAGGAGAUUUCGAAGCCGCCGUCCGGGGCCGGUGGGGAGUAGAACGAGGCGGAGCCUGUCAAGCUGCUGGAAUAGCAAUGUGUGCGAGCGACGUGGUUAAUUGAGCGUUCCAUCUGUCCAUUUGUCCCAUCCUCCAUGUCCUGGUCGGCACCAGGUUGCCAGUACAGCCCGUGAAGGAGAGGCUGAGCCAAGUUCUGUUGUCGCGCGCGGCCUGGGCGAAGAGGUGCUCGAACACGAGUAGGAGCAGCUUUCCUGGGAGCCGCUCUAGGCAAGCCAUCCGAAGGGUGAUUUCAGUGCGAGCUUGUUGGGGGAAGUGGUAGUGCAUUACAAAGGGCUGGAGAUGUGGAUGCCCGCCGCACGGGGACUUUAUACAUCUGCGUGCUUCCAGCCUGGAACCUAUUUAGGCAGCAAUGGCUGAUGGCUAGCGGCGUUUGGAAGCGCUAGGUUGUAUGUUUUGGAAACAGGGUGUGGCGGUUUGCUUGCAUAAAAGCCACAGGUGCAGGACGGCGCUAGUAGUUUGUUUGCUAGAUAUCCCUUGGAAAUCGGCAGUGGCAGUGAAACAGCAGUUGAAUGUGUCUAGCCUAGUUUUAUAAAUGCCAUCAAACACAAG